UAAAAACCACUUGAAUCGCACCAUUAUGUUGUCACUAGUUUAAGUAGCGAUUUUGAAAAUUAGAAAUGUAAACUCUGAACCAAUGUUUUUUUUUUUUAAUUUACUCUUUAAAAAAAAAGUUCUAAACAGGUUAACAGUAACAGAGAUGCACCGAAGGCCACUGAAAUAGUUAUGAACUUGACUUUCACAUUUAUACGGCUUUGCCUUUUCACUGACCCAUUCAAACAGAACAUAAAGUCUAUAGAGACGUCAAAUUUAAUAAUGGUGACACACAUGUAGGAUUAAGCAUAUUUAAGUUCAUAAAAACAAAAAUUUACGAUAGGAAAUAUUAGGAAUACAAUGCGGAUCACACUGAGUAACUUUUUUAUAUAACCUCAAUAUUUUAAAAUAUAUGAAACGGCUUAUUUUUUUUACAGUUGCCCAGUAUGACUUGUAUAUUCAACUUAACUAUGUUUAAAUUAUUGUUUGGAAUUUACCGCUUCUAUAAUAUUUACAAGGAAAUGACACAAAUGUAAAGUCAGGAUAUUACAAUUUUUGUUUAUUUUCCUUGUAGCUGCUAAGAAACGUGCGGAACUUCGAUACGUUUCACGUGACACUGAUAUGAAAAUGUAAACAAAAUAAUUCAGAUAAUUUUUUGGUAGAAAUAUAAUAAAAUGCACUUCUCACUACUGCCUGUAGCGUCCUGCGUGGGGAGUCGGACUGCCCCGAACUGGUGGAGCAAAUGUUCUGCCGCCCCGGGUCAUGGACCAGUUGACCCUAAGCUUGCAUGCUUAUGCUGCCUAACACCGCCGGCCCUCGGCAGCAUUACUCUACUGAAGGCCGCAGCGGUGGCUAAGGGCGCUGCUUUACUAAAAGCAGCAGCGGUUGCUAAGGGUGCGGCCUUACUAGGAGCUGGAGCGCUCAUCAAGGGAGCAGCUAUUAAAGGAGCAAUCAAAGGCGCAGCAGCCAAAGGGGCAGCAAUUUUAGCAGCAAAGGGAGCCGCCGUGAAGGGCGCUCUGGCAAUCGCAGCCAAGGCUGCUGACAUCGCGGUCCAUAAGCUACCCCCAGUUAAACCAGUGCAGGUGAUCGAGCAGCCGGCUCCCGCACCCAUUGUGAUUCCAGCCUACCCUCUCUCCCCCCGGUGCUAAGCAGCCUCACCUCUUUGUUGGGUUCAGCCUCGAGUAUCGCGCACCACAAGAUUAACGCCGUCAGCAACGCGCUCCACCCUCCGCGUAUCGUCACUCCGAUCAGCGCACCUGUUUUAUAUGAAGUCCCUGAGGCUACGCAGUUCUACCCUCUAAUCCAGAGGGUCGAGGAAGACUGCCUGUGAGGUUAACACCAACGCAAAGCUAUUUAUAAUGUAGUAAUAAAAUAAUUAAUAACAUA